UCCACCGACGUGCUCGUUUUCCUUUUUCUUUCUUCCGUGUCCCCGCUCCUUUCCUGGACUACUCUCUCGCGCGAUACCGUCAGCAAAUGCAGAGAGCGAGCGAGUUAAAAAAAAUUUCACUCGAGGAAAAGAUGCGGAACCGCGAUUUUCUAUCGUAUUCGAACAGAAACUGUGCGCCACGUCGCGUUUUCUUAUUCCGUGCUGCCUCUUCGACGUUCUCCGUUGGUCGAUCGGUCACGCACGAUCCGCUUUUGUUCUCCGCGUUCCGGUAUCGAUAAAAAUACCACGCGUUGUCUGUAUUUACAGCGCGGCCGUAUUUUCCUUUUCUUUACUCUGUUCCAUUCGUUGUAUCCACCUAUAUCGUUUAGGUUACUCAACCCUUGCCGCCGUUCGCUUCUCUCCUUCCAUCUUCGUCGCACCGCUCGUGUAAUCGCGCACGAACACACGCACGUUCGCGCGCGCGUUCAAUUACUCCCGACUUGCUUUUUACAGUACCCCUUCUUUCCCCUUUAUCUCUAUCUCUGUUUCUCCCCCACCUCUCCGAGUCUUAAUUCCCAUUUUCCCUUCUUCUCUAUCGCGCGCGUUCGCUCACACGAGCCUACCUGUGCCCGCGAACGUUGCUGCCUCUAGCAACGCACUCGGCGAGUUAAAGGCACGCUCAAACCGUUCGUAGUCGUCGUUCGAGCGUUUCGGAAAAUUUUCGUCGAUCAACGAAAACGAGGAACGAGCAAAAGUUAACAGUCGAAGACUCGACGAAAGCCGGACGAUCGUUUACGAUGGUUUUACAGUGACCGGUUCCGUUGCCGGUCCGUGCUCGUGUGGCGAGUCCUUUAGUCGACUCGCGCGCGUAGAGCGGCGGUGGCGGCGGAAAAGGAGGAGAGGUGGGCGCAAAGCUGUACGUAAGUACGUACUGCCUACCUGAUGUCCCGAGAAGCCGAGAACUCGAGUUAGAGCUCGAGCCAGUCACGUGGUCUCUCGAACACGAAGGAUGUUGUGGGAUCGCGAAGUCAGUUAGCGGCAGUCCGUUCAGCGGACAAGCGAGAGGAACGGAGCGGAGGACGCGCGCUAGCGUGGUGGACCGUCGGUCAGAAGGAAGGGGAAAACGAUGGAGGAACGAGGAAAGAGGAACGAGGUCUCGGGGGACAGAGAAUAGAGAAUAGAGACGAGAUAGUGGAUCGAGGAUACUUGGACCGUGCUCUCGUCGAUCUAACCUGCCGACGUGCCGCUCGGUCAACAACGUUUCGUGCUCGUUAUUUGGACCGAUGUACCGCGUGUCCGAAGGUGUCGUUUCGUAAACUACGUGAAAAUCGUGAGCGAACGAAGGACGAGCAGCGGAGGGGAGAGUGCCGAUUUCGAGGAUCGUGUUCGUGCUCUAACGGAGUAGCGCUCGGCGAAAAGAGCAGCCGAUUCCCGUGAAAAUAUCCGCGUGAAAAGCGAACAGAGGCGGAGAAAGUAGGCUGGAAAGAGAAGAAACGUUGGAAUCGGUGUGGAAAGGAAAACAAAGAGAAGGUAUCGGUCGGCGGAUCGGCGCACCUGACCGUUGGUAACGCGUGUUCGGUUCGGCUCGCCUCGCCUCGCUUCGGAGUUCCGUUUCGCGCGAACAAAGCUCCGUUUCGUGGCAAACGCGUGGAGCGCUGGGUCACGCUCUACCGUGAAAAGCAAACCGUAGCGUCGCGACGCGAUCGUCCGGUAGCGAUCCAGCGAUGCGUCGCAUGAACACGGCGAAUUUCGAACCGUGACUCAACCACGAUUGCGACGAUUCAUCGUUGACGUAACCUGCUCGCGACGUUUGCUCCGAUGGUGCGAUCGGGACGUCCAAGAUAAUCGAACGCCGUUAUCUCGGACAACCUCGAUUCGAUUCAGCCGCGGAUAAGAUGCUCGUUACGCCGAAGGUGUCCGCGUGAAGGCGUCGUCGUUGUCGAACGGAAGCGAUCGUAAAGCGAUAAAGAUGCAGUUGGCAGCGACGCAGAGAGCACACCCGCCACCGGUACCUCCGCGACCGAGCAGGCAGGUGGUCGCGGAGGCCCUUAAAAGAUCCCCAAGGCCGCCCUGUCCGACCAGACAGGCACCGCCGCCGCCCAACGCCAAACCCUGGAGAUCCGAUCGGGAACGAUCGGCCAACGAUAAGCAACAGCGGCUGGGCCCGGCUCCCGGUCGAACGGUCGUCUACGAGUCGAUCAAGGAACCGCCAGGGUCCAAAGAAACCACCGACGAGAGCAACGAUCGCUCGGCUCGAAUCGUCGUCGACGAGGAACCCGGUCGGGUCAGCGCGAGUGAAAGGUGCGACGAGGAGGAGGAGGAUCGCCGUGGAAGAAAUCCACCGCGGGAAAGGCGGCACCGUGCCGUCGAGCAACAGCGUCGCGAAAAUCCCGGCGAAUCGACCUGCGUCGCCGACAAAUCUACUCGCCCGGCGCUCUCGGAACGAUCCGUCGAUCGUCGUACUCCCGAUCGAGACGAUUCUUCCCCGGACGAUUCGACGUUCAAGGAAAGAUUCGAGCGCAAAGAGGACACCGCGUCGUUUCCCGAUGCCAGAAACGAGAAGGACGACGUUACGAAAACCCCCGUCAAAGCGAACGUGUCGUUCGACGACGAGCGUCCUUGUCCGACCACGGGUUCGGAGUCCGGCGGCGAAAAAUCGAGGGCGAAUCGGGAAAACGAACUCGACGCUCGACCGACGCCUGCUCAGAGGUCUUGUCUGGCGAAACAAAGGGACGUCGCGACGAAGAAAAGUUUGGACGCGCGAACGAACGCGGAAGACUCGAGGACAAACGAAAACGGCAAAUCCGCCGCGAACGUUGAUCGUUCCACGGUGAUCGUCGUCGACGAAUCAGAGCGUAAAGCGGAAUCGAACGAUCUCGACGAGGACGGCGACGACUACGACGACGAGGAGCGCGACGGUGAAAAUAUUCGUAGACAGGACUGGCUGGAAGCUGGCGUUCCCUAUUCGUCGACGCGGAUCAGGUUGUCGGGCGACGACGGCGAUAGAGUCAACGGACUUGAUCGCUGCGAGAACGAGAAAGUCGGUGAUCUUAAUAUCCUCAGUAUACAGGAGAGGAUCGCGAUGUCUUCCUUGCAAGGUCUACCCCCGUUACCGAGAAGUCUCAGCGGAUUCAAUUUGACCGGUGGUCGAAGCGAGGGAUGCGAACCACCGCCACCGCCUACCAGAUCCUCCAGUAAAACGCAAAGAGGCGGUAAAGCUUCGAUCCAGUCAUCCUCCAGGCCAUCGCCACCUGCUAGACAGCUCACCACGCUGGAUACUCAACUGGCCAUACUCAGGAGAGAAAUGUUCGGACUACGACAACUGGAUCUUUCGUUGCUGUCGCAACUUUGGUCCUUGAACGAGUCUAUUCAAGAAUUUCGGCAACUGUUGCAAGAACAAGAGGACAGGGCGCCAUCUCCUUCGCCCAGCAGCGAAGAAGGAGACGACACUUCGUACGGGACCCAUCCUCCGCCUCCACCGAGAAGACCAGCUCCCGGUAUACACCUUCACAGACCACCUAGGCCACCGAGACCACCUAGACCGCCUCCCAGCGACGAGUCACCCUCCAGCGAGGAAUACGGAGCCGUUUGACGCCUUGCUCGAACGAACUGUUCGCAUUCCAGAACGUCCCCGUUACCGCGUUUCUGAACCAUCGUUCUUUAAACUCCAUUACUCGUCGCGAAGAUCCACGAGAGAUCUCGUCGACGAUUGUUUUAGAUAAAAUUAAAGAUCGAUCUAACCGUAGAAACUUUUGGAAUGCGAUGUAACGUAUCGUUACAAAGAACUCGUUGGUGUUCGAAGGUACCUGGAACAUUUCAUUACGGAAACAUCGCAGAUUCGAUUGUUCGAAGAACGCGUUUUCUGAUUGCUACAUAAAUUCUAUAGAUAUUAGAUAUUUAACAAAUGAAAACAUACCGUUCGUUGACCCACGAAACUAUCAAUGUCAAUCCAAAAAACAACGAUCCUCUAUACAUAUACAUAUAGAUAGAUAGAUAGAUAGAUAGAUAUAGAUAUAUACAUAUAUCUCGUACUAAGUAAGGGUAAAAGUUUAUUGUCCUCGAUGAGAACUAUUUCAGUUCCACGUACUCUUUUCUCUAUUUGUGAUAGCAGUCGAAGGGGCCUUUGAUUAACUAUAAAUAGAUAUUUGUUUGUGCUAAUUAAGAUUUUUCCGCGAUCAUUGGUUGAAAGACAGCUACAGAGGAUCCGAGCCUACGGCACGAAAAACGGCUAGUGAGUUCCAAAGAAUCGUGUUCAAAAAUCCUCUCUUCCACGUUUCUUCGCUAUUACGUCCAUUACAGAGUUUUCUUUCUUGUUCGUGUACGCACGAUUGCCCGCGUCACGACACGACUUGGACAGAUUUAUAUAGAUUAAUUCGAGUGUGUAAAGUUUAAUUAAGAGAAGAACGACAGAUGCAAAUAAAAGAAAAUGUAAUUUAAA